UAGACACACACACAGAGGGUGGGAGAUGCACAUGUAGAGAGAUUAUUAGAUAGAGGGAGAGAUAGAGAGAGAGUAGAGGCAUGUUGCGUCUCGCACACGCAGCUCACAAUCUCUUCAUUUCUCUUUGAGUCGUUCACGCGGGCGGCCGGCAGCUGCUGAGCGAGUCAAACCGGAGCUGUAGGCGAACCCAGCGUAGCCGGAUCAGAAACCGAACCAAACUCAACCAAAGCGAACCUCAACGAACUUAACUCCAAACCCGAAAUCUCUCGUGUCUGCAUUGAAAUCGUAUCGUGACUUAGCCUCCGAACCGAACAUAAAACGAACGCGCACUCAACCGACCUUCGCGGAACCGAACCCACCAAUCUACCCGAACCGAGUCGACGGAACCCAACCGAACUGCAACCCCGCCGACACCUCACCGUGCAGAACCGAACCGAACGUAACCAAAACAUAGCUGGAACUAUCCGAACAGAAACCGAACGCGAGCGUAACUUAAACUGAACCGAACCUGUAACCGGAACGAAACUCGAACCUGAUCUCUCUUAACUUCACCCCCCCUCUCCCUCCCCGCUCGCGUCUCCCCGUCGAGCCGGAGUCCCCGUUCGCACUGGUUGGGCACGCGGCCCCGUGUGCAUGCAUAUUGGGGAGGCCUGGAUGGUCCCGGCGAGGUCUCUCCAAGAGAGGGGACCCCGCGAGCUCAUGGAGGGGGGGAAGGGCCCCCCGGCCCAGUCGGACAAAGCGACCGCGGCACCGGUGGCCGGAUCGGUGGCCGCAUCAUCCCGGGAGAAUCGUGAUGCGAAGCGAGCACCAAACUCGAUGCCCAAAUCUACGGGGUUCGCCAUUCAGGAGCUGUUGGGUCUGGGCCGCGAUUCUCCAUCCCCGCCGCGCCAGAACAACACCAACAACAACCAUCACAACCACCACCAUCACCACCACCACAAUCAUCACCAGCACCACCACCUUCUGCAGCAGCAGCACCAUCAUCAGCAUCAGCAGUCAGAGCAGCGCGCCUUCAUCACGCCCGGAGUCUUGGGCGUCCAAGUAUCCACGGCGCUCGCGGCGUCCCUCUACCCGCAGCCCGUGGCCAAUUUCCUGUCGGCACUGGCCGAACCCCGCGAGGCCUCGAUGGGGGCCGCGGCCGGCCGCUUGCAGGUGCCCGGGGCGGCUCAGGGCGGCUGCGUUGGGUCGGGAUCGGCGCCGGCUUUAGCCGACAGCGGCAACGAGCAGAGCUCGGAGGGAGACGAGAUCUGCAGCGACGGCGGCGCGGCCACGGAGAGGGACGCCCCCCGCGAGGCGAAGCGGCGGAAGAAGCGACGGCACAGGACAAUCUUCACGUCCUACCAGCUGGAGGAGCUGGAGAAGGCAUUCAACGACGCACACUACCCGGACGUGUACGCCAGGGAGAUGCUGGCACUGAAAACCGAGCUGCCGGAGGAUCGCAUCCAGGUGUGGUUCCAGAACCGCCGGGCCAAGUGGCGCAAGCGAGAGAAGUGCUGGGGCCGCAGUAGCGUCAUGGCCGAGUACGGCCUGUACGGCGCCAUGGUGAGACACUCCAUUCCCCUCCCGGAGUCGAUCCUGCACUCCGCCAAGGACGGGGUCAUGGACUCGUGCGCGCCCUGGCUGCUAGCCAUGCACAGGAAAUCCAUGGAGGGGGUCAGCAAAUACGAGGUGGCGCGUGACGGGGUCCCGAGCCCCCCGGGAGAGCCCUGCGACGCCCGGGGCCCCCCCCCGUCUCACUCCGUGGUGGCGGCGGCGGCGGCGGCGAUGGCAGCGGUAGGCGAGAUCGGAUGGCGACCCGCGUCGCCACCACCACCAGCAUCAGCAUCAGCACCCCAAGGGGAGGAGCGGCAGAGGGUGAUGAAAAUGGGAGACGUGCAGAGAGUGGUGGUGGACUCGGUGAUGAUCGCGAGGGACGAGGAGAGAGCGAUGGUGGUGGCGGUGGUGGACGAGGUGAUUAUAGUUCGAGAGGGAAACGUGGUGGUGGACCCAGUGGUGGAGAUGGAGCACGAGGUGGCGGACGAGUCCAUCGUCACGGCGACGAGCGGCAAGAGAGCUUCGCACGAGAGGACGACCGUGGUGGACCGCGUCCACUUACCUCCGUGUGACGAUGGCACAGCGCUGAUGCGCGUCUGA